AUUAUUAUUUUUGUAGUUAAAGUUUAAUUGAAUUUUGUCAAGAAAAUUUUUUUAAAUAAUUUUAUGAAAUAUUAUAUUUAAAAAAAAAUGUCUUGUGAGGAUGAACUCGAAUCAAAAAGCUCUCAUUGCAAAUGCCUCAAUAAACAAAUAAAAGAACUUAAACAUCCAUCUGCAGCUUCGAUGCUAAUCGAUGAUAUUAUGAAAAAAUACUUUUGUACCAAAUCUGACCAAGGUUCUUCAUGUUCCUUAUUUAGUGCUCCAAAUCAAUCUGUUUAUUCAAUGGACAAACGUCUACUCUAUUGGACAAAAAUACUUGAAGAUCGUAAAAAGUUGGCAUGUCGCAUACGAAAGGUUACUGGUAAACGUCUUUCGCAUGUUCUCUACAACCAACUCGAAGAUCACCGGAAUGUACAAAAUGUCAAACGUAUAAUUGAUGUUGCUGAACGACUUGAUCCUACUAAAUUGGCAAUGCGAAAACCAAUUAAUUUAAGACGUCCAAGUCUUAUUGAAACAUUGCCACUUUCAGAAAAAAUUCAAACGGCGAAUAUUGAAAUUGUUGGAAUGCCAAAGGUCAGUCGAGACGAGCAAUGGAUGAAACAAGGUGAUAAUGCAUUUUUAUCGUCGGACUCUUUGCAACGAAAAAUUAAAUCAACACCAUUUUCGAAGAUAAUUGAAUACUACCCGGAGACAGAUGGCUUAGAAAUUGUUGGAAAAAGAAUUCACAAACAUACCAAGCCGAUGAUUGAACGCGAUAGUGAUUUUGAGUUGUCAACUAUGUCGUCCUUUUCUCAGGUAGAAUCUUUGGAUUUUCCAGAAUAUUCAAUUCAAAUAGACGAUUGUACAUUGAGAAUGGAUGAUGAUAAAUCUAUCAAACCUUUAAAAUUUCAUUUGGAAUUCAAAUGUUUGCCAUUUGAAGAGCAAACACUUGUAGGUUUCCGAAUCAGGAAUACUGGAAGAAAGCCUGUUCGAUUUGCAUGGAAAAAGAUAAAACCUAAUGGUUUUGCUUUUAUGCCGCCUGAUGAGUCUGUCUUCCAAUUCAAUCAAAAAGCAUUUCAAUUAACUUAUGAUGAAAGUAAACCUGUGGAGGUUUCUUUCAAACCAAAUCAUCGCAUGAUUUAUGCCGAUCAGUGGCAACUUUGUACUGAACCGUCUUUCUUUCAAGAAACGAAAACUAUUCAUUUGGAACUCUCAGGCGAAUGCUAUAUACCAGAAAUUUAUUUAAAUAUAAUUACGAGAGAUAUUAUAGAAAUGGUAAUUUCUAAUGUUUUACCAGGAAAAGUUGGCCAACGAACUGUCCUAACAGAAUGUGAAUUAUUUGAAAAAUUAAAUCCAGGAUUUAAGUGCAACUCUGAAGACCUACAAAAAUUCAAAGAAAUUUUCAGGCAAUUCAAAAACAAAUCCCAUCCUAAAGCUUGGGAUUUGAAAUUACACACUCUCAAGUUGUUAAUUGAAGGAUGUCGAAACUUUAUAAAACGCAAUCAAGGUUUAAAUGGUUUUAGGAGAAUCAUUCGAGAAAUGAGGAGAAGAAUUUCACAUUGUGACACAAGCGUCAAAAUCCAAUUGGGUGCAUCUGCAAUUCGUUCGUUUCUAGAUAAAUGGGAAACAAAAGCUAUUCAAAUUGUCAAUUCAGUUGCUUUAACUGAAAUAGAUAUUCUGGUAAUAAAAAUGCCUUUCAUUAUAGAAAAAUUUGAACAAGAUCAUUCGUUAGAAGAUAAACGCAAAAUAAUUCAACAUCAAGCACUUUAUCUUCAAAUGUAUUGUAAUUUUUGUGAUUUAACUGAAGAAAUUGUAACAUUUAUUGAAAAUUGUUUAUUGCUUGAACAAAAUAUUUAAUUUGCAAGUAAAUAUGGCACUAUUUUAGUUUUAAACCAUUCGUUUGUAAAUUGUAAAUGAUCGCCUUCACUUUCGAGGAAAAUAAGUUUGCCAUCUUUAUCCAUUUUUUGUAAUCCUAGAUCAUCCUGAAAUAAAAAAAGAUAUUUAGGUUUUUGAAAUUUAAGAAAUUAAACAUUUUGAAAAUCUUACAUUGA